UGUGGUGUUGAACUACAGAGCACUUGGCACUACAUUGGUAAGAUCAAUAAGGAAAGUACCAGGUGCCAUUCCGACUUAUGUGACUCCAGUAGAGCAUUCGCGAAAGUCAGUUCCUUGUGCACUAAAAGAACCGAUCAUGGCCAUGGAAUCAGUGCUUGUGAUCCUGGCUGUCCUGGUGUCCCUGCAGGAGACUUCAGGUCAGACGGUCAACAUCAAUGUUAACGUGCCGGAAGUAGUAAGCAAGGGGAGUAUCAGGCGUCCGCUCAUUAUUACACGGCAGUGCGUCAGUCGUAUUCAGACCUUUAUGCUCCGAAAGAAUCCAUGUCGGACAAUAAGAGCAGCGUUGAGUUGCAGACGUUUUUGUGUAAGAUACCGGUGUUGAACUUCACAGUACGCACUGCUUUGGUAACAUCAACAUCAAGGCGAGUAUCAGGCGCCAUUCUGACUUUACUACAGUACAGUAUUCGCACAAGUCGUUUUCAGAUCGUUGUGCACCAGAAGAACCGAUCAUGACCAUGAAAUCCGUGCUUGUGAUUCUGGCUGUCCUGAUGUCCCUGCAGCAGGCUUCAGGUCAAACAAUCAACAUCAACGUCAACGUGCCUGAAGGAGGGGAGAAGUCAUCUGCCGUUCAGACUCUUCUCAUGACUAAUUUGCAGGAGAGAAAUCUGAACUUGGAAUUCGAGAAUGCCGAGUUGAAAACUAAAAAUGCCAAUUUGGAGCAGCGUGUCAGUCAUCUGAGCAAUGCACUCUGUGCCUGUAAUAACAAGACACACAGUUGUCCCAGCGGUUAUGUACAAUUUUGCGACAAGUGUUACAGCUUCUCCUCUAUACUUGACCAGAAGAACUACAAGGACUCCAGGUCCGCAUGUCAGGCUGCCGGCGGGCACCUGGCUAUGCCAAAGGAUAAGGCAACAAACGACUUUCUGGUCAAACAGAUCCCGUCCUUGUACAACUAUGUAGCCUUAGUUCACCUGGGCCGGGUCUCCUGGAUAUCGGUGUGGUUUGGUCUUACAGACGAGGUGAAGGAGGGAAUCUGGGUGUGGGAGGACGGGACAACACUCGGCACGACCGGCUGGUCCGAUUGGUAUAAGGGAAGGCCUGGUGUAUACGUUUCCGAUUAUGACUGUGCUGCUUGGUCAAUCAAUUAUCACAUUAAGUGGGCUGAAUUUUUGUGUAGUGAAAAAUUCUAUUAUGUAUGUGAAAAGGGUGCUACUGUUAUCCCCUAAUCAAGUACACGAUCACUGGUCAAGAACCGUAGCGUGUACAAGGUUUGAAGUUCAUAAAACCUUUCGUGUUGUGAUUUACGCAAUGUUUCAUAAGUGUGUUGUGUUAAACCAAGGAGGUUAAAUACUUUGAUUUUAACUCCAUGGUUAAACGUUAUACGGGUGACAUUUGAAGUAUCGAAACUCAGCCUGUAUAUUGUGACAAUUAUGUUUUAUUUACGGUAGAUAUUUGAAGUAUGCGUAUGGCAGCGUCAUGUUGUGAAAAACUUGGUAAGACGAGCAUUUAUCAUACAGUUCAAAACGUAAUAAACCCAGCCUGUAGUAUGUAAAUAUCCUCAGAACAUGAAGUACAGAUGGAAGGGCAUUGGCGUCCUAGCUAUAUCGUGACAUUGUGAGAUAAUGAGGAGUGGUCUUACAUGCAAGAAACACAAUCAUUGGUUUGACAGGUUUUGUCUCUAUGUACAGAAAACUAGGGCUGAACUAGACGACAAAAACUACUCU